AAAAUCAAAAACAAAAAUGUUGUAUCAAUAGUAUAUAGAAUACCUUGGUUAAGCAAGCAAUAUAUAAUCAAAGAUGUCUACUUCAAUUGUUCGUACCAUCAAGAACAUAUACAAAUCAGGUAUAAGAAGAGGUUUAUGGCAAAUCCAAACUCACAAUGAUACCAAGAGUGGAUGGUUAGUUGGUGAAGAUGAUUAUGGUAAUAAAUAUUAUGAAACUGAUAAUGCAGAAGAAAUCCAUAUGAGAACAAGAUGGGUUGAAUAUAAUGAUAGAUGGACUCAAAUUGAUAUAUCCAAAGUUGAGCCAGCUUGGCAUUAUUGGUUAGGGUAUGGUAAUAAUACCCCACCAAACAAAUUAACUGGUGAUGCAAUUGCAGUUAGAGCUUAUCCAUUACCAGAAAAGCAUAAACCAAAUUUAACCAAUACUACUGGUGCUUAUGUUCCUUAUAAUACUGCUAAGCCAAAAUUCACAUCUUGGGAACCAACUGUGUCGGAUAGAAGUUAAUUAAAACAUUCAUUAAUCAUUCAGCUUCAAUCAUAUACACAUAUAUAUUCUACAUCAAUUCAACGCCAUAUCCACUCCCUUUUCCUUUCUUAUUGCAUUGAGAUUCAAGUUUUACAGUUUCAAUAUCAUAUAUUAUCAUAAGCUCCUGGUCAGCCAUAUAUUUUGAUGUUUGAUUCUUCAUAAUUUGAAUUUCUACUUUUAUAUACAAUUAUACUUAUAUUACAAAAAUAAACGUUAUAAUCAGUUAAU